GUACGUGAAGCCCCUUUUUGCGAUGCUGUACUAUUAAAUCGAAAUGUAAGCACUAUUAUUCAAUCAAACAUAAAAAUCACUCUUCAAACCAACUUAUAAGUGCCCGAGAAUGGCAAAGAAACUUAAUCGAAAUGUGCACCGAAGUGUGUUGACGUAUUAAAAAUGAUUCUUGCCGGCACGGAGCAAUGCUACGUGGUUGAUGAAUGUUCAUCUGUCUCGCUUUUCGGUCCGGUCGACACAUGGCCACUUAACAAGCUACCGUGUGCCAAACACACAUUUGUUAGGAUUCGGCACAAAGAGCAUUCGGUCGAAAGAAGCAACCCACCAGAGCUCGCUUCAGCUCGUUAGGAUAGCAGCCAUGGUGACAUUGCACUAUUUACCAUCAGCGUCGUUCGUAGCGAUUGCAGUGCACGGAGUGUGCGACAACGGGAUUGGCAAGCGAAUGAUCUUGCACCGAAAGAGGGCCAAUUUUGUAAAAAGGUUCGGGAAGCGCAAGAAACGAACAUUCCUCGUCCGCACGCUCGCUCUCUUCUGCUUGCUUUCUGCACUCACGAGCAACCGUCUGGCACUGACGGUUAUUGGAAAAUACUCGUUUGAAAAAUCGUCCACAGCUUAGUGAUAAAGCAUCCAUCGUUAAGAAGCGCCCCGCGUAGGUGCGGCGCUGUGUAGCGUGCAGUAGUAACGCUCGGCCGGAAAGUGAGCCCAAAAACACGAGAUGGCGUGAGAUCGGCAACACUACUUAGAAGUAGUGCAUGAGGGAAAAGCGAUGGUUUGCGAUUUGGAUGGGCCAGCGGCAGCAUAAACUAUCCACUUCCUUCUGAGUAAAGUCGCACUUCCCCGCGCGUGCAUUUCCAAGCAUGCAACUCUAUCGGAUUGAAAUCUCCUGGUAGAAAAUUGGACCGAAACACUAACUGAUGUCGCAUGAUAGUGCAAUCUAGCUUUGGAGCUGUCAUGUUCGAUCCGUACGUAACGAUCGCACUGAGCAGCCGAUGGUAAGCGCACAAUGCAGCAGCAGGCGCGCGUAGCGUGUGUUAAACUCCGCUUGUUAGGGCGUACAGAUUGUGAUUGAAUAAUGACCAGCCAGUUGAAGGACCGUUGAGUAUUUUUUUGAUAAAAUGUUUUACACUUGUUUGUGUUACAUGGGAAAAAGUUUUUGUUGUAAAAGCUGCAUCGUACAACGUAUGCUGUAAAAGCAUGCCACACGCUACAGUUUUGCUUACAGUUUUGCUAUAUUUGCUUAUUGUUUUGGUUUGAUGAUUUGAUGAUUGGAUGGAAGUUUUGAGAAAAGCUACCAAAUUUUACAAUUCUCUUUUAUUCGGCAGUAGAAGACAAUUUAAUUGUAUAAUACAUUCGACAUUAUUUCUGUUUUUAAUAGCAUGCUUUCGUCUGAAACUAAAUCUUAGUUUAGAGGACUCUUGUUACAUUCUACCUAUAUUAUACAUUAUGAAUAUAAAUUAUUUUUAAAUAACAACAUGUUAGUUACCGUCACAGCUUGCACAGCAACACAUUUGUUUUCUUGUGUGCCAUUGUGUUUUUGUUAAUUUUCGACAUAUUUUUUUAAACUUUUGAUAAACCCCUAGACAAACACAUGUUUGUCUUCUAUGCAUUAGUUUGUCAAUAAAAACAUAAACAAAGAAUCAAACCAUAACGUGCCUUAUCGCAUUAUUGUUCCCCGCACCAGUACCAGGCGAGUUUUUACCCAUAUAAUAUGAGGGGUUUUCUAAAAAUAGUUGCAGUGACACUUUAGACUUUUAUUCAACAGCAUGGCACCUGUCAGAUAUCAUUUCUUGCUGUGGCUAUUAAUUCUGAUUGGCGUUAGUAGUCUAGUACCGCCUGGCGAGUGCUUGGACAUAUCUAAGGUUACGCUGGAUGCCGCAUUCUAUCCCCUGUUUGGUUGUGCUCGCGAUUUGGUUGUCCCCGAGGAUUUAAUCGAGCUGUACAAGAAACGCAUCUUUCCCGACGAUCAGUUAACAUGCUGCGUGUUCCGAUGUUUAGGAAUGCGGCUUGGUAUCUACGAUGACGUCAAAGGAUUUGACGUGGAUAAGCAGUACGAACGAGUGAAAGACCGGCUGUCGGUUGACGAGGACACAUACAAGCGUGGCGUUAAGAACUGCAUCAGGAAUGUACUGCGAGGCCGUACGCUGAACAACUGCGAAAAAGCUUACCUAAUCUUAAAUCAGUGUCAGGGUAACACCAUUACCAAUAGCCUUAAUCAGCAACUUAACGAAAUACGCUGUAAUUAAAUAUGUUUUGAAUUGUUUCUCUCUUGAAGCAAAUGGUUUCUGUUGUGUGUGGUGGUUGGUUGUUUCUUUUGUUAGAAAUUGGAUCUUUGUUUUUGUUUUCACUAUUGUAUCACAACACUAGUAAGACAAAAGGUUUCAGCAGUUCGUUUGUUAAACAAGUUAAUCAAGUUAAACAAGUUUACUGUAGGCACUGUGUUUUGCGUAUGAGGGUCCAUCGUUUCGUCGUUAUUAUGAAUGAUCUAAGUAAUGUAAUUGGCGUACAAUUUGCAAUACUCUUAUGUUUGAAAGUGUAGGUAAACGAAAAACACUAAAGUUUAUUCAAAUGUGCCUCUUAUGUUUCAAAGCUAUUACCGAAAACCCCUUUACUUCUAUGAAAUAUCUGUUUCUUGUUUGGCUAAUAUUGCAUUCAAAUUGUGAGAGCAGCCUGUAAUGCUAAUGUGCAUGAGUUUAUCUUAAACGCCUGAAGAUAUGCAAUGUGUGCAUUGUAAUUGUGACUGUACGCGUUAGCCAUUCAUUGGCACGAAAUACUGACGAAGCUGGCUAAAAAUUGGGCGAACCAAAUGUUGUUUUGCUAAAUUUGCUUACUUUUUAUAUCACAUUGCAUU